CAGAUGGUCGGAGGAGUCACCUGCCUUAAUGUUUGUGUUGUUAAUUAUUCUUUCUGACGACAAAUUAUGUGGUUAUGACCCAGAUUAUUUGUCUUGAAACCCCUGACUGUUAUCAUUAUCUUCGCGUGUGGCGUCGGUUCCGUUCGUCUCUAGUCGUCAUGCGAUUUCUGAAGACUGGAGUAAAUUCAGGAUGCCUCUGGGUUUUCUGAGGUUUAUUUUGAGACAGGCACUAUGCCGCGCUCCUCUGCGACCCAUCAGCCUGGUCACUUCACGCCUGCCAAAGAGUCCACCGACCCCGAGGCCUGCAUAUUCUUGCCACAUCGUCUCGCCCUGGAUAAGCGUGUCCUUCUCCACAGACACUAAGAGCGGGAACACCAGCGUGACAGAUAACGUCCAAAAGGGAACUAAAAAGCUGGAUCCGAGAGCACCAGUCACCUUUGGCAGCGUGGGUAGGAAGAUCGGUCAGCGCCAUAUAAAGUUAUUGGGUGAGGAUGGAGAGGAAUUGGGUACAAUGCACCGUGCUGAUGUCAUACGACUGAUGGACGAAAAAGGACUGAGGCUUGUUGCCAUAAAUGACCGCUGUGAUCCUCCGUUGUACAGACUGAUGAAAGGGAAACAGAUCCACGAAGAGCAGAUGAAACUUAGAAACACGGAGAAAGCCAAGAAAGGGCCUGUCCAAUCAAAGGAGCUGACCUUUUCUUCCAGCAUCACCCUUCAUGACUUGGACACUAAAUUGCGGCAGGUUGUCAACUGGCUGGAAAAAAACAACCACGUCAGACUCACUAUCAAAGCAAGAACUGACGGUGGCACACCACUGGACAAAGUCUUGACACAAAUGGUGGAGAGGAUAUCGGUGCCUGUUGGCUUUAUUUCAAAACCUUCCGUGGUUCGUGGAGGUCGUGCUGCUAUGUGUGUCCUUCAGCUGGCUUCGGUCAAAGAACUGCAGAAAAAAGGAGAGACUUCGAGCAAGAAUUUAAAACCUGACUCGGAAACGGCAGCAUCUCUUUGUAACUCUCCUACAGAGGAAACAAAAGACUUGAAGCAACAAUAAAAUUCUAUGCAAAUUUCAA